CGAUAGAAUGACCUUCACCUUGCCGCGAUGGCUACGUUUCCGGGGAAUUGUCAGUUUGAGAAAUAAAAUAUUUCCUUGUAUUUCAGGCUAUGUAGUGUAUGAAAAGUGUAUACCAUAAUAAGACAACCUUAAUUUUAUGUGACUGACAAUGAUUCGACCACAGACGAAAGUCUCUAGCGGUCAUUGGACUCGCUGCGAUUUCUGCAAAGAAAAAAUCAAUUUCAAGUCGCCGCGAGAAUUUUGCCGUCAUUUGAGGGACUUCCAUUGCACCAGAGAAGGUGGCUCGUAUGUCUGUAAAUACGGAAAAAAUAAUGUUUGUUUAUCAUUGCCAGUUGAUGGAGUGAGUGACCUGGACUAUGAGGAACACAUCAUGAGGGAGCAUGUGAACCAAAGUGCAGAGGGAACAAACUCAGCACUACAGAGGUUACAUGCCAAUGCUCAACGGCAAACAUCAAAUCCUGAACCUUCAGUUGUACAAGAUCAGCACAAGUGGACUGUCUUUAAUUCAAAAGUCAACUUACCGGCAGCAUUAAAUGAUCCACGACUCGUUAAAAGAGAAACAGACUUUUUUACAAAGACAUGGGGAGUUGAUUUCUAUGAGAAAUCUUACCUCCCAUCAUCACCUUACGUUCAGGAAAUCAGCAGAGGACACUUCCAGUCCUAUAUUAACAGAACUUCAGAGAGAUUUAAGAAACACAGCAGAGAAUUACAGGCUGUGGUGGAAGGGAAAGGCCCAGAAACACAUUUAACUAAAAUGGUCAGACAAGCAGAGAAAAACAGAACAGAACUAGAGCAGAUUCCAAAAUUGUUUUUAUUACCAAAUUUUAACCUGGAAAACCUUGACACCUUUAAUGCUGUGUUUCCAUGGACACAAGUUGAGGAGUCAAAGAUAAACCAGCCUGGAACCAGACAGUCAUCAAAGUUGUUGCAGGAAAAGCUAAGUCAUUACCUGGACAUUGUAGAAGUACAGAUUGCCCAGCAGAUAUCUCGUAGAUCUGAGGCCUUCUUUCAUGCUAUGACAUCACAUGAUGAACUGCAGGAAAAAAUGAAAGUUACCUGUGCAAGGAUCAAGUAUCUCAGGGAUAAAAUCAACAACAUGGAUACUAUGAUGGCAAAGGAAUCUUUAAAGGUUCUAAAACUGACGAAGUCACGGUCCAGUUAUGUUCACCUGCAUAAUAAGUUAAAAUUGAUGGCCACUGUUCACCAGACUCAACCAACCAUACAGACUUUGUUGUCAACCAAUGAGUUUGUAGGGGCUCUAGAUCUCAUCUCAACUACACAGGAAGUUCUCUCUCAGGAGCUGGCAGGUGUUCACAGUCUAAGACAUUUAGGGUCCCAGCUAGCAGAGUUACAAAAACUGAUAGAUAUUAUGAUACAAGAAGAAUUCCACAAACACGUAACAUCGGAGCUGAACCGACCUAUAUCUGAUUCAACACCUUUGCUAGAUGAGGAGAAACUUGUAGCUACAUUAUUUGGGAUGUUGAGACUUCAGAAAUUUCAAUUCCUGGAUGUAUACAGGGAUGAAACAUUCACUGGUAUGAAGGCUGUGGUAAAGCAAACUGUGAUAGAAGCUGUAUGUGCAGCAGACGACAUUGAUACAGAUGAUAACAAUAUAAGUUUAGCAGACCAGAUGAGAUUAUUGAAUUAUACGCAAUGGACGGAGCUAAUGAAAAAUAUAUUCCAGAAUUUAUUGGUUGUACUCAAAAGAGCAAAGGCAUUCCAUGGUAUAGUUGUUGAUGUACUUGGUAUAGCAGCAGGUAAAACAAAGAUUCCUACACCAUUACAGUCACCUACUGAGGAAACCAAUGGUCUGUUAGAGGAACCUAAACAUUUAAAUGUCUCUGUAAGUGAUGAUGUUGAUGUGAUGAUCUCUAUAGAUGACUACAACAAGACAAUGGGUGGUUUACGAGAACUUCUUAAUUCUGUAUGUGAUCAUGCUCAUGAUAGAUGUGUUAAAGUUGUCACUGCAAGAGCUAAGGAUGGGUUUCUGGAAAGGUUGUCCUCUUCAGAAUUUGUAGCUUUAUCAAAAGAAGUGGAAAAGUUUGUUUGCCUCUGUGAAGAAGUAACCGGACGACGGAGUAUGUCUUUGCGGGGCAGUUUACAAAGCCAGGCAAACAGAUUUAUUAACAGAUUCCAUGAAGAAAGAAGAACAAAAUUAAGUUUGAUUUUGGACAAUGAAAGAUGGAAACAAGCAGAUGUGCCUACAGAAUUCCAAGAUCUUGUUUAUCAUAUAUCUAACACUGGUCAAUUAUGUGUUCCUGAGACUAAAACUGAAAUAGAAAGAAGUCCUGGUGAAUAUCUUACUGUAGGUGGUGAAAAUUAUGCUGUUGUAGGGACUGUGUUAUUACUGCUGAAAAUGGUGAUAGAAUAUUGUCAGUGUGCUGAUGACAUUCCUGCUGUGUCUGCUGACCUUCUAACUAGGCUGGUUGAUCUUCUUAAGAUAUUUAAUUCACGGACAUGUCAACUGGUGCUAGGGGCUGGUGCAUUGGAACUUGUAGGCCUUAAAACUAUAUCUACCAAAAAUCUAGCAUUAGCAUCCCGAUGUUUACAACUAGUUGUACGUUAUAUGCCAAUGGUCAGGAAACAUUUUGAGGAUAAACUAGUCAAUAAUAAAAGUAUCAAUAUGCUUAAACAUUUUGAUCAAAUUUUAAAGGAUUAUCAGGACCAUAUAGAUGAGAUCUCAAAUAAACUAGUCACUAUAAUGGAGAGCAUGGUGGAUUCACAAUUAUCAAGGUGGGAAGUGAAAGCACCUAUGCCCUCAUCAUGUUUCCGUGCAAUCUGUAAACAAAUGGCAAAAAUGCAUGAAGCCAUCAUAGACAUUCUUCCUCAGGAACAAGUUAAGGCAAUAUUUUCAAGAAUCAAUCAAACAUUUAAGAAGGUGUUAAGACAGCAACUCAUACACCUUAAUGUAACUAACAAUGGAGGACCACAACAUGGGCUGGUGACAUCAGAUCUGACAUUCUAUGCUGGCAGCUUUAAAACUCUCAGAGGCCUUGAAGACUUAGCACAAGAUGUACAUGAUGUGUGGGACAAAAGAUGACCUUGACAUUGGUUGUGCAGUGACAUUCAGCUUCCAUGCAUACAGUCUUGAGUACAUUCAUCCUGUAGUCACAUUAAGCUAUCUUAAGGGGAACUGCUGUCAUCUUCCAUUUACCUUCAUGAAGCAUUGGACAAAGACAGACUCUCACCUUAGAAUGGCAGUAUAUUCCUUCAUCUUUAAUGUUCUUUAGGCUUAACACAAGGAGCAUCCUGGCCGCGUUGUCAAGGUCACUGACUACGAAUUGUAUGCCUCUCACAGCUGCGGGUUUAAAAUGUCCUUUAUGGUGUAGAAUUCUUUCAUGUGAGGAAGCCAUCCCACUUGCUUACACAAGAUUGAUAUUUCUACCUAGGUGCCCGCCCGUGCCUGAAAUAAUGCACACGGGGCACAUGGUAUUUUCCUCCACAAUCAAAGGCUUGGAAGACACAGUGUGACCUAAAAUUGUGUUGAUGUGACUUAAAACCAAACAAAGUCAAUAAAUAAAAUAAAAGAUUUGUACAGGGGAUGAUCUUCACCUUAGAAGUGCAUUUGUCAUCAUCUUUCACUUUUAUGUAUAGAUAUCUUGGACAAGGGUUGACCUUCACACAAGAACUGCAUUGACCUUCACCUUUAUUGCCUUUAACCUUUGCAUUUAAGUUUUUGAAGUAUGAGAUUUUUUUCUGACUGUUUUCACUACUUUCAUGUUCAUGUUGCCUAGAGGGAUGAUUUACCUUCUCCUCUGGCUGGCAGCAUUUGUUGACACCUAGAGGGAUGAUUAACCUUCUCCUCCUGCUGGCAGCAUUUGUUGACACCUAGAGGGAUGAUUUACCUUCUCCUCCGGCUGGCAGCAUUUGUUGACACCUAGAGGGAUGAUUUACCUUCUCCUCCGGCUGGCAGCAUUUGUUGACACCUAGAGGGACGAUUUACCUUCUCCUCCGGCUGGCAGCAUUUGUUGACACCUAGAGGGACGAUUUACCUUCUCCUCCGGCUGGUAGCAUUUGUUGACACCUAGAGGGACGAUUUACCUUCUCCUCUGGCUGGCAGCAUUUGUUGACACCUAGAGGGACGAUUUACCUUCUCCUCUGGCUGGCAGCAUUUGUUGAGGGAUGAUUUACCUUCUCCUCUGGCUGGCAGCAUUUGUUGACACCUAGAGGGACGAUUUACCUUCUCCUCUGGCUGGCAGCAUUUGUUGACACCUAGAGGGACGAUUUACCUUCUACUCUGGCUGGCAGCAUUUGUUGACAUGAAAGUGAGGUCCUGAAAUUAUGGUGGCUUUUCCCACUCUUACCUCUGAAUAUAUUAUAGAAGUUCUUUUAUAUUACCUAUACAGCAAUACAAAUUUACAUUAUUGAAUAUUUUCAUUCUCUAUAUGUGUAGUAUAGAACUUUUGUAUAAACAAUAUUGGUGCAAUAAUGUCAGUGAUGACCUUCGCAAGAUUGCAUGUGUGAUCUAAUGUCAUACAUAAAAACAUGAACAAAAUGGUGUUUUUUUUAAAGAAAUCUUUCAGAAUUAAACACCCAAAAUUUCAAAAAGAACUGUAAAUUAGAGCUAAACCAAUUUUUUUCUGACAGAAAAGAUCAAUAUUGAAUCGAGACAACUAUGUGAUUUUUUUCUGGAUUUAAAGAUAUUCUGAAGAAAAAAAAAGUUUUUUUUAUUGGUAGGUGUGUUUUUUUUUGCUGUUGAUUAGAUGUUUAAUCAAUAGCCUGAGAUUUAUUUUUAUUUUCUGAUAAUCUUGGAAAGAAAACAACUUCUUUUUAUAGUAAGAAACUGUUAAAAUUUAAUAAUACUGUUUGAAUGUUAAUUUUUUUGUGCAUUUAGGCAGUCAUUAGUUUCUAGCACGAUUUGUGGACUUUCAGGAAGCCCCAGUGUGGUUUAUACUUGUCCAAAGAAAUAGUGAAUUUUAUAGAUCUUUCACACAUGUAAGAACACAAAAAUAACAUUUAAUUCUUCUUUUGAAUUCAAAGCUCUUGGACAUUUUUUUUCAAUGAAAGAAAUACUGAUUUUCUACUGUCAACAUAUUGUGAUAUAACUCAUAAAUUUACAUAUAAAUUUUUGAUAUGUGAUCAAGUUCAACACAAAGGGUCUUUGAAAAUCUUAUAGAAAUGCGCUGAACUGAUAUAAAAAUGACUUAGUGAUUGUUUCGUUAUCUAUGCACAAAAAUAGGUCUAUUGUUGGCAUUUAAGACUAUGAAUGUAAGCAAGGGUCUUAAGUUCACAUUUGGGAUGGAACGUUCUUAAAUCUCCAUUUACAUUUCAGUUCAUUUACAUUUGAGAAGAAGUCUGUCUUUUGGCCAUUGUUAAAGAAUUCAUGAUUUAGUCUAUUCUACCAUUACAUUGCUAAUAACAGCUUUCUUACAAAAAUUUUUUACAUAUAUGCGAAAACAUUUCAAUGCUGGGUGAUUUUAAAUUUUAUUGAGUACAACAGAUAGUUUCCUACAUGGUACUCUACUUUUGAUUUAGAACAGUAAAAAGGUCUACUCUGCUUGAAGUCUUUGUACUAAAAGUACACUUAGUCUAGAUAAAAAAGUUGGCUUACGGAAGGUCGGUGGUUCUACCCAGGUGCCCGCUCGUGAUGAAAUAAUGCACGGAGGGGCACCUGGGGUCUUCCUCCACCAUUAAAGCUGGAAAGUCGCCAUAUGACCUAUCAUGUGUCGGUGCAACGUUAAAUCCAACAAAACACAAAAGUAGAUAAAAAAAGUACAAUUAAGCAAUACCUGGAGAGGCUUCUGGGGUCAAAACUCCCCACCAUCGAAAAAUUGGAAUAGUUUCCAUAUGCCCAAAUUAUGUCAUUCAGACUCUAAACUCCCACCAAAAACUGUGUACUUUUAUGAGAGCUGAGGCAAGUAUGAUUGUAUGCUUGGCCUUCACAGGUUUUUCAUUUGCCUUGUAAAAAGGCACAAAUAGCUGUUUUAACCUUUAGCUUGCUGGCAGCAAGUGAUUCUGCCUAUGCGCCCAGUGCAUACCAAAAUGUGCAGGCUGAUUUUGGUCUGCACUGUUCACUAUUCAGUCAGUAAAUUUUCAGUGAACACCCCUUUGAAUAAUAAAUGGUAUUGUCCAAAUUGAAUGAUGGACCAGCUCAUUUUAGAAAUUUAGCAGGGUAAAGUUCAAAAGACCAAUUAUUGAGGUUAUGUUGCCAGUAAUAUUUUCUCAUUUAUUGUGGUUUAGUGUUACACCACAACUAGUGUUAAUGGUUUGUGAAUAAUCAUUUUGUUCAAACUGCUCUUGUAUUUAUUGUUACAUUAUAGAAAGAACCAAGUUACACUGUGAUAAAAAUUAAAAUAAUACAUGAAGUAAAUUGAAAAACUGA